GACAGCAGCUGUCUGCUGACGGCUGGAAACGACAAAAUGCUGCGUAUUUAUGACCUCGGUAACCCUGAAACAGCUCCGCAGGAGAUCACCGGUCACAGUGCAGCCAUAAAGAAAGCUCUGUGGUGUAACAACGAUAAACAGAUCUUGUCUGCUGCAGAUGAUAAAACCAUUCGGCUGUGGGACAGGAGCUCCAUGGAGGAGGUGAAGACUCUGACCUUUGACAUGACGGUCAGUAGCAUGGAGUAUGUGGCUGACGGAGAGAUCCUGGUGAUAACUUAUGGAAAGACCAUUGCUUUCUACAACGCUCUCAGCUUGGAACUGAUCAAGACCGUGGAGGCCCCAGCUCCGAUCAACUCAGCCUCCCUCCAUCCAGACAAAGACUUCUUUGUUGCUGGUGGAGAAGACUUCAAGCUCUACAAGUUUGACUACUGCACCAAGGAGGAGCUGGAGUCCUAUAAAGGCCACUUUGGCCCAGUCCACUGUGUUCGCUUCAGUCCUGAUGGCGAGCUGUAUGCCAGUGGUUCUGAGGAUGGCACGCUUCGACUCUGGCAGACAGCAGUGGGGAAAACCUACGGUCUGUGGAAGUGUGUCCUCCCAGAGGACCUUGGGACAGAGAACUCUGAGCAGAUGUACUCCUCCACCCCUGAGAUUAAAGCUUGAAGACACAGUUGUGCCAUCAGAGAAGCACGUGAAAAGAACGAAGAUGAGUGGAGUGGUGCUCCAGGGGGUCUUCUGUGAGCUCACAGUAGGGAACAGAGUCCAGAGCCUCCCCACCCAUCCACCAGGAGCUGAUCUUCAGAUCGCUCCAUUUGUCCAAUGAUCACAUACAUGUUUUUCUUUUUAAAGAGCCGUUUGGGCAGCAGAGGAACGCAGUAGAGCUGUGGGUGGAGGCUCACUGCUGCCUGCUUUAUCUCUGUUCAGCCACUUUAUUUUAAAAUGAACUCCAGAUCUUAUGAUUGGCUUUGUUUUGGUUUCAACAUUAAGCUUUUAUUAAGCUGGACCAAGGCAUUUGUUUUCUCUUCAUACGUACAGAAUAGUGGACAUUUGUGCUGAAGUGCAGGAGCUUUCAUUUCUUCAAACUGAACAUGGCUUUGAGUAUUUCCUACCGUUUUACUGAUUUAGCCUUUAAAGAGUGCAAAUGAAAGAAAUUAUUGUUUUGUGAUAAAGUGGAAAGGGGAAAAAAUGUUACUUAUUUUUUUUUCCAUUUUAGAUCCUCUUCAUUUGUGUCCAGUGGUGAAAUAAACAAGACGCAUUACGCUUUUAUUUAUUAGUAAUGCACAAAA